ACAACCACAGUAUUCAUUACAGGAGGCGCAUCCGGACCGCCCGCUCGCCCUGUUUGCGCCGCGCCUGUCCCGCGCGCCCCGCCCUGCAGACGCGCUCCGAUCACGCAGUUGCGUAAUUUGACAAGCCAGCGCAAAAAACGGGCAGAAUGAGCGUUUGACAGCUGCCGCUUUGCUCCCGCGGACCGUUUUCGGUCAAAAGAUCACAUAUGCUGCACGUGUUGGGGAUAUUCAGACGGGAUCUCUGCUCUUAUGGCCGCCGCCGCCGUGAGGAAUAAGGUCUGGGUCGCUCCGGGGCAGGACGCGCAGUUUCUCCGGAGAAGCGCCGCUGCAGCGCUGACAGCCGCCGCAGAUCACGGACCAGCGCUCUGUCGCGCCAAGGAUGCCAUCCCGGGAGCUCCCUGCCUCCACGAUUAUAAUCUGUGCAAGUCGGAGAUGGACGGCUACUUGUGUCCACACCAGCCGGAUGCGGUCAGUCCCAAGCUGCUGCGCCGGGACGGCGCUCUGCCCCCGGAGCCGCCGUUCCCCGAGGACCUGCCCCCCCCUUACAGCGUCAACAUGAGCCUGCUGCUCCCCGAGGGCCCCUACCUGCACCCCGGCCUCUGCAGGACUGUGAGGCAGAUCAAACCGGAGCCGUCCCCCCCGCUGAUGCCCCCCACCUGCCAGCGCGGCGGAGCGCCGCCUCCAGAAUACCCGGGGGGGUUCGGUACGGCCGACGGCUCCGCGUCCAACUUCUACAUCAAGCAGGAGAUGCCGGAUUUCCAGGACAUUCCGCUGUUCCAGCUGCUGAACUCUGACCUGGAGCAGCUCGUUCUCGGCUCGCCGCUCAGCCUUCCCGUCGGUUCUGCCAAACAGCACAGCGAGUGUUUUCCAUUCAGUCGGCACUCAGGCCAACAACAGAGGGCAACCUAUUUACCGCCGUCUCCGCCGAACUCCGAGCCCCCCAGUCCAGACCGGGGCAAGGAGGUCCUCCACAACCUGUCCCCGCCCCCCUCCUACGAAGCCAGCAUGGCCUCCAAGUUCACUCUCCAGACCAAUACCUGCGCUGAUCCGGGACGGACGUCCAGCCUGGCUCCAGUCCAGCACCAAGACCAAAACACCCCUGCUGGAUUCGCCCCAAGUCCAGGACCCGGACCGGUUCAGACUGCCAGCGCUACUGGCCCGAUGUCCCCGGAGCCGGCCCGGUCGGCGCCGCUGAGGUACAACCGGAGGAAUAACCCCGAUCUGGAGAGGCGGAGGAUCCACCACUGUGACGUCCCAGGCUGCAAGAAAGUGUACACCAAGUCCUCCCAUCUGAAAGCCCAUCUCCGGACCCACACAGGUGAGAAGCCGUACCGAUGCUCCUGGGACGGAUGCGAGUGGCGCUUCGCUCGCUCCGACGAGCUGACGCGCCAUUUCAGGAAACACACCGGCGCCAAGCCGUUCCAGUGCGGCGUGUGCAGCCGCUGCUUCUCCCGCUCGGACCACCUGGCCCUGCACAUGAAGAGGCACCAGAGCUAGAGGCCAGUUAGCAGCAAAUAGAUUCAUCAGAAAAUACCCGUCAAACAGUGAGCGGCUGUACGGAGCAGGGACGACGGCUCCAGAAACACGGGACGCCCGGUCGUCCCCGUUUCGGCUCCUGACGUGACUUUAACACUGCCAGAUUCACGGUUUGCGCCUCCACAGAUUAACGCUCUGCAGCAUUUCACUGAUAGCGGAGGACCGCGGCUGUGAGAGGUUAGAGGUAUUGAUUUGGACGGCUCUGUGAGUGCUCUGGCUUCUGUUCAGUUCAGACGGUUCCUCUCUUCUUCAGGACCUCAGUGCUUCUUGCUUUGGUUCAUUCAGAUGAUUGUUUCGUCCCUGUGGAAACUUCAGACACCCUGCAAUCCAGCAGUCAUUCCACAGCGAUAAAUGCUCGAACAUAACGUACAGCGCUGCAGAACGUGACAUUACAGCAGAAGGUCAGGGUUAUUUUCUCUCUCCUCGCCGUCGCCAAGAUGAGCAAACCCCAACUUCAUCGUCUUUUUUUAGUUUGUAAUUACAUUGAUUUUGAAAACUCAAUCCAACUUUUUUGGCCUGAUCAUCUGAGAGCAUUCUGGGUUUCCUGGUCGAUUCAGCACAGAAUCCAGACCUCCUGAAAGUGCCUUCAGCUCCUGUUUCCAUUGUUUGGAUGGGUGAAGGAGCUGGGAUGAAGCUCUUUUAUCAGGGAGCUGAGUGUUUGAGUGGCUGAGCUUCCUCUCCCUCUUUUCUUCCUCAACACCGCCGUCUCCGCCACACGACCAAAACUCUCCAUCGUUUUAAUACAGACGCCAAUUGGUUUUUAAACAUUCUGUGAUUCAAGUUGUAUAUAUAUAUAUAUUUUGUAUCUGUAAUUUAAAGAUACAAUCAAUUGAAUGUUUUUUGGAGUGUAUAAAGAUUUUAAACUUUUAUUAAAGAGAAAGACGGUUUAUUUUUAUUUCCACUUUUAUUUGAUGUCUGUUAUUUGAGUCCAGCGAGGAUUAAAUUAUGAAACAUUGUUAGAGUCUACUGCUGAAACAGUGAUGCUGUUGGAUUAUUUUGUGUCCGAGUUAAGAUGAAACCUGUAGCCUGAACGGCGGCGAGGCGGCCUCCGCAGUGCAAAUAAAGGCUUGUGU